AUGCGAAACUCAGAGGGAACCGAGUGGACUUUAGACAAAUGUCAUAGAAUGCUGUUCAAGUUUGCUAGUGACGGAAGUGUGGAACACAUCGAUACACUAAAACAAAUUCUGCUCAGUGAACAAAAACAAGGCGCGAAACGUUUGUCUUGUCACACUUCAGCUUCGAACUUUGGUGCACUUCGUGAUGAAAAGCAACGUACUCUUUUGCACGUCGCAGCAAAAAAAGGACGAAGUGAAACGAUCAGCGCAGACGACAUCGUUCUAACGUUCGAAGAGGAGGAGAAGACGCAAGUAUUCUUGGAUGAACUGGCCAAGGUCAUCCUGUCCUUUGGUAUGCACUUUGCACCUACAAAGUGUAAGGUCAUGCUUGUGGACGUGCAGUCACUGAACCCGCCCUUUACAAUCCAGGGAGAGGUACUGGAAGUUGUGGAGCGCUUUACGUAUCUUGGAAGCUGUAUUAGUCCUGAUUGUAGUGUGACAGAUGAGGUGAAUGCACGAAUCUGCAAGGCUCGGGCCGCGUCUGCUAAUUUGAGAUAUCUAUGGCGUCAGAAUGGUUUAUCCCUGAAUCUGAAGGGACGUGUGUAUCAAGCUACAGUACGGGCUGUUUUGUUGUAUGGCUGUGAGACUUGGCCUAUUCGAGCAGCGGACCUGAGACGUCUUCAGGUGUUCGACAAUCGUUGUCUCAGAACCAUAGCUCGUGUGGGUUCCCCACCGCAUGAACUGGCCAGAUUCUUGGCCGGUAUUUUAAAACCCCUAACCGGGAAAUCUAGUACUUACAUUAAAAAUUCAUAUGACUUCGCCAACAAAGUAGCGGGUGUCACUGUUGAACCGGAUGACAUCCUUGUAAGUUUCGAUGUGAAUUCGUUAUAUACAAAUGUGCCAAAAGGGGACUCUUUAGAAAUAGCCAAGCGACUGCUGUUAGCGGACACCACCCUUUCGGAACGGACACAGCUUACGGUAGAUGAGAUAGUGGAAGGCAUAAAAGCAUGUCUGAAUCUCACCCACUUCGUAUUUGACUCAGUGGUUUAUACUCAAGAGCAAGGUCUAACAAUGGGAUCUCCAAUAUUCCCGGUUUUGGCAAAUAUAUUUAUGGAAGAAUUUGAACAGAGAGCUUUAGCCGGAUUCCCACACCCACCAAAGAUAUUCUGGCGGUAUGUAGAUGACACUUUCGUCGUCAUGAAACGGGACAAGGUUAAUGAGUUUUACAAUUAUCUGAAUGAACUGAGUCCACAGAUCAAAUUUAGUAUGGAGAUAGAGUCAACAUCGGGUAAACUGGCCUUCUUAGACUGCAUGACACAUAAGGUUGGGGGGAGACUAAAGACCACAGUGUAUGAAAAGCCAACCGACACUGGGGCAGUUUUGAACUACUCGUCUGCCCAUCCGAAGUCGGUAUUCGCCAGUAUUGCGUCAUCAAUGUUUAGGCGUGUAAGGGCCCUGUGCACAGAAGAAGCCGAUCGAACAGCGGCCCAAAUUGAGGUAAAAAACAAACUUCGGGGUAGUGGAUAUCCAGCUAGCUUGAUUAGGCGUCAAUUGCGAAGGGUGUUGAUACCGGUAGAGAAACCCAACAGGGAAUGGAUCGGGACAGCUGUUAUUCCAUAUAAACCAGGGACAUCGGAGAAGCUUCCUUCAAUGGAAGCGGAAAAAUUACGUGUACAGUUGGUCACAGUCCUGAAGUCCCAGCAACCAGGGGUUCCAAACAUUGCACCAGCUGAGCGAAGGGCCUUAAACACGUUAAAAAAUGUAGACAGCAUAGUAAUUACAAAGGCAGAUAAAGGUUGUGAAGUUCUUCGAGUACUUUUGAAAACCAGUCCCAGCCUACUGACGACUCCAAACAGACAUGGACAACGACCGACAGAACUGUUGCAAACGUUAUUCGAUAGUGCGAAUGAGGAGGAACGGAAAGAAGGUGAUAAGAUCCUCAUGUCAGAAAUGGCAACCGAAUCCACCAGCAGUCGAUAUUUGACCAACCCUCAGGCAGAUGAGUCUACUUCCUUCUGCAGGACAGCUGAGUGUGCUUUCUUCGAUGAAGAUGAGUCAUAUGAGGGCUUCACCCACACGGAACCAUCUUAUGCUUGGGAGGACUAUUUCUCCGGAUUCAGUGACCAGCCGUGGAAAUCACACUUGGACACAAUUAGGGAAGAGUUCGAACUACGAAACAGGUCUUCAGUUCCUCGCGAUAACGCAACGCGCAAGAACGCGCCAACACCUGAACCUUCAACAGACGAACAACGGGCCUCGUUUUUCCGACGCCAUGAGGCCGCCAUAUCCCGAAAGAGGGCAAGUCAAGCGGAAAUUACAUUGGAACAAUUCCAAGAGAAAUGGAAUCAAUUUACUCUGUUAGAUACACAGAUAGCUUCGAUUGCCGAAAUACCAUGGCCUCCUUUUUGCGACAAGAUUGAGCGGACGAAUCAGAGGUCAUCUGCGGAGCUGCGAAUUGAUGCUGUGUUGAAGUUUGUGGGUGAUUCGGUUCAAUCUCUCAGGCGAUUACAGGUUGACUGGCAUCCUGAUCGAUUCUCAUCUCGAUUUGGCGCUCGUCUUAAAGCUGAACUCAAGCAAGAGGUUGGCAAAAAGGUGGUUGCAAUAUCCCAACUUCUCAAUACAGCCAUGGAUACUCUGCGCAAAAGACAGAGCUAAGCCCCCAGACUUCAAUCAUCAAAUCUAAGUUUUUAUCUUAUUUUAUAUGUAGCGGUGUACGAUCUAUGAAACUUUGUGAAUCUGACGAUUUCCUCUAUUGUAA